AUGCGAAGCAGGUUGCUGAAGAAGAGCUGCGCAGUGGCAAAAGAGGAGCUACAGCCUGAGGAACAAGUAGAUGCACAGGAGUCGCAGGACGAUCUUAAGGAAGAGCUGGCAUGGAAGGAGGAGGAGGCGGAGGAGGAGGUUCCUCAGGCAGGGUUCGCAGAUCUCAGGUACAGGCAGACGGAAACGGAGGACCAUUCUUACGAGACGGUGGAGCUCUUUCACAACAAUCAGCGGACAUUCCUGGAAAAUGAAGAGGCUCGGGAGGCUGCCAGCAGUCUUCCGCCACCCUCGAGAGUAUUGCGAAGAUACAUCACGCAAAUGUUCAGCAAAGACUGGAAGCAGGACAUGCUUCAGCGGGGCAUCGAUCCCAAGCGUGUUCUGCCAGAAGCUAUCCAAGAGCUUGCAAACAAACUUUGUUUGCAAGCUCUUGGAUAG